UCAGCACAGCGACAGCAGUGAGCAAAAUCGUCAUCACUUCAAAUUCGAGUUCAUCAAUGAUCAUCGCUUCAUCGCUCAUAGGAGGACAAAGUCAAGUCAAGCUCGACCUCGGCUCAACGAAAACGAAUUAACUAAAAAUCUACUUAAUUAAUAUCGAAUUCCUAAUUUUUGCAAAAGUCCAUCAAAGUACAAAAUGUUAAAAAACAUUAUUUUAUAAAAUAGAAUCACAAUUGCUUCGCGUUUCCUUGUUCGUGGUUGUGGUUGCCUCCGACUGCUGUGAUCGCUCUCCUUUUUAAUUCUUGUCCACCGUGUGUUGCUUGUGAGUGGGGUGCAGCGCUUGAACAAAAAUUGUCUCGCAUUUUUGUUUUUCUUUUCUUUAAAUUUUGUGUUUUCUUAACUUGUUUUGUGUGUUUUAAGAUAUAUGAUUUUAAUAUUGAGAAACUUUUGAAUUUCUCUUCAAGAUUUCUCGCUUUUUUUUGAAAGAAGAAGAAAAAUACAAAUAAAAAACUAAAAAUCAAAAACCAAAGGACAAACAACAAAAAAAGAAAAAUGGCGACAUUCAAAAUUCAUCAAGACACAGAAAAGGAGAAUGCGGCAUAUGCUGCCGCUGCUCGCAAGGAAACCACCGUUCGUGGAAAGGCCAUGGCCAAUGUUACUGCACUUGGGGGCAAGGAUAAACGGUUCGCCGUUUUGAGUUCCAGCGGAGCAAACAAUUCUAGGCCUGUUGGUGGCGGCGGAGCAAAGCCGAAGGCAACUGCACUCAGGGAUAUUAAAGUUGGACCUAAAAAUGAUGAAAACGCUGGAAUUCCACGAUUUCAACAACAACAAAAGAAAUUUGUUGGUACAACACCCGUUGAACAGCAAUUCCAGGCUUUUUCAGUUUAUGAAGAUGAAAAGAUCGAUACCACAGAAGUCGAAAAGAUACGCAAACCUUUGGAAGAUCGGAAACCUCUUCAAGAAGUUCCCGAAGAAAGCGGCAAUGAUUCUAUGCUGGAAACACCAAUGUCUAUUACAGAUGCACUCUCGCCAAUGUCCAUUGAUAGAUCACAAAUAAUUGACGACGAUACAACCCAUCCAAAGAGAAUAAUCACAUCACCGGUGCCUAAAAACGAUCGUGAAAGAUUCUUCGAAGUUGUGGAAUAUCAGAAUUCUAUUUUGGAAUAUUUUAGGGAGAGUGAGAAAAAACAUCGUCCAAAACCAACUUACAUGAAACGUCAGCCGGACAUUAAUAACUCGAUGCGAACAAUUCUAGUUGAUUGGUUAGUGGAAGUUGCCGAAGAAUACAAACUGGACACCGAAACACUCUACCUGGCCGUUUCAUACAUCGAUAGAUUCUUAAGUCAAAUGUCUGUGGUACGAGGAAAGUUACAGCUUGUUGGUACAGCUGCAAUGUACAUUGCAUCAAAAUAUGAAGAAAUCUAUCCACCAGAUGUUGCCGAAUUUGUAUUCAUAACCGAUGAUACAUACACAAAAGGUCAGGUAUUGCGUAUGGAGCAGAUUAUCUUGAAGAUUUUAUCCUUUGAUUUGUGCAUACCAACAUCGUAUGCAUUUUUGAAUACCUAUGCAGUUUUGUACGACAUGCCUCACCAGGUUAAAUUCCUUGCUCAGUACAUUUCGGAGCUUUCUCUGUUAGAAGGAAAUACGUACUUGGUUUAUUUGCCAUCAUUGGUUUCGGCGGCAGCGCUUGCUUUGGCCCGCUACAUAUUGGAUUUCCCUAUUUGGUGCCCAGAAUUGGAGGAAGUCACAUCCUAUAAGUUGGAAGACAUGAAGGAGAUAAUCGUACAUUUGAGCAAUACACAUAUGGGAGCGCCUGAAUUGGCACAACAAGCUAUUCCGGAUAAAUACAAGGAUGCUAAGUACUGGGAGGUCUCAACCAUCAAAGGAGUUGCUCUAACUGAGGAGGCCUUCGAUGUGGUCUUGGAGGAACACAAACAAAUGCUUGAACUACAAUCGGAGAACUCGCUGGCGGCUGCAUCAGCAACAGAUCGGGCAAACACAUCGACGAGUAACGAAAGUGUGCGGAAGAUGAUAUCCUCGCUGAUGUUUGUUUGAGCCGUGACCGACCACCCAUCAAGAAAUUCAACCACUGGGCGAAUCAGCAGAAUACGAGAGUAAACAAAAAAGGGAUUGCGUGGGGGUCCAAUCUCUCUUCUAGUAUUAGCUACUACCCCGCAAUUAGUCGUAAUUGUACUAGUACUAUUAUUCAUUGUUUCUUAUUGUUUUUUUUUGUAUUAUUAUUAUUUUCUUUUUAAACGUUUUUUUUUUGUAAUGUUUUAUUUUAUUUCUUGCAUCUCUUGGAUAUAUUCCUCUCCAGAGAGGCUUUGAAUAUGUUUUCUCGCUAAAAAUAGGUGAAUUGUUUUAGUUCGGUUUGAAUCUAGACAAUGCACCUCUUCUUAACGGUCUUUAAAUAUUUUAUUAUUUAUUAAUUUUUAUUUCCAUAAAUCCUACUCUUACGUAUCAUUUUUGUUUUUUAUAUAAAGUUAAAUCACAGUUUAUCGUGCGGUGAUAAAUGAACAUGACAAUUUUUUUGUUUAAAGAAUACUACAAUCACCACACAGCAGCCCUAUAAAUUAUAAACAAAACAUAAAAAAUAAAUCACACAAAAUAUGUAUCUUCUUUAUCUUUGAUAAACGUAGAAGAAGAAGAUGAAAAGAAGGAAAAACAAGGUUUAUUUAAGAAUUAUAUCUUUUUAAUAUAUAAACAUAUGAAACUUGAUAUAAAAUUAGAUAGUAAUAUAUUAUUUGUAAUUUAAUUUGUAACAAUUUGUUAGUUUAGGCUAACUGCAAUUUUAAUUUUUAUACAAAAAAGUCAAAAAUAAAAAAAAUAAUAUAAACAAAUUAAAAAAAAAAUCAUAAUUUUAAGUUCUGUGAACCGAAACCCCGAAAAGAAAAAUAACAAUUCCUGGCUGAGCUCAAACGAACAAGAAAUACAAUUAAUGCAGAUGUAAGAUAGGUUUAAUAAAUAUACAUUGACAAAAGACAAACUAGGCUCAAUUGAAUAUGACGCUUUAAACGUAUCUUUAAAGAAAAGAAGAAAACACUUUUUUAAGCUGUUUAUUUGUUUUUAUAUUUAAAAAAAAUAAAAUAAAAGAAAUAAUAUAGAAUUAAAAGGCCUAGAGCUCCUCCAUUCUUCAGGAUAAGAAUAAUAGUUUUAAGCAAUUAAUGCAUUAGAGUGCAUAUUAAUAAUCAUAGAAAAUACGAAAACAAACAAUGACAUUUGAAAAGAAAAACAAAAAAACAAACAAUGAAACAGACUCAAUAAAAACAAACUGCCUCGAAUUGAGAAUAAAAUCUCAAGCAUUUAUAUAUUAUCCAUUUGUAUGUAUUUUAUCGUUCUCUUUAUUGAUUGAAAAUAAAUAUAUAUUAGUUCUACCCGAAAAUGAUAAUCUUUUAAUUUAAUUAUU